AUGGCGGCGAGUGAGCAGCCGAAGGUGCAGCUCGAUGACACCUUGGCAGGAUACUUCGCGGCCAUGCCCAGGGCUUGGCAGUUCGAAAGAGCUCAGGGGAUCUCAGGGGCUCUUUCCCAUUCUGCCUCGUUCUCUCUCUUCCUCUCUGUUUUCUCAGAGAUCUUAGCGCCCCUCCAUGUCCUGUCGUGUGAUUCCUAUUCCAAGCCCUGGAGCGCAAGGCUCGAAGACGACGAGGAGUGCGAUGAGGACAGCAUCGUUGAGGCAGACUCUGCAUCUGUGGCCAGUGCCAAGCAACGACGAUAG